AUUGUGUUCCACAGAGCUGCCACCAGAGAGAGCAUCAUAGCAAUUCAACGUAACGAUAUCGAUGGCAACCACCAACACCACAAAUACGUACAAACAAUACGUCACUCUGAGCGAGAAGGCCCUGCGCAAGAGCCGGAAAUCCCUAGAUACGCGCUCCCUCGUCCGACUGGCCUACGGCGACGAUACAGCACAUAUCGGGGGCAGCGACAUGCUCGAGGGGAUUCUGAACGGUGUCCUCGACAAGAUUUCCAACGAAACGGUUCUGGAAGAACUCGAUCGUUACGGAACCACCAGCCGAAUUGUUGUCGAUGAGGGGGAGCAAUCGCAACAACAACCACAAUCAACGAACAGUACAUCGAACGACGAGCAAAUCAAUAGAAGUAGAAUGAUGACACCCAAGGAACGCCUCGAUAGGAUCGAUUCCGUGAUUUCUGACGUUGUAGAAUGGGAGGGAAGGAGAGAUCGCCGGGAAGAGCUGGAUGCCGAAUCGGCGCGAGAAAGCCUCGAUCGAAACCUUUUGCCGGAAGGGGUUUCCAUGGACCAGGUCAUCGCCCAUCGAGAAUUCGAGGAAAAGCUGCGAGCGAAGAAGCUACUCGAGGGUGAGCUGCAGCGAAUCCAAGAGGAGAUAUCGACUCUGGAAGAAAAGCGUGUCAUGGAGCAAACGCAGAUACGAGAGCAACUGGAGAAGGUAGAAAGCGCAGAGCAAAAAUUGGAAGCCACGGCAAAUCUUUGUGCCAUGGUCACGACCUGAUCGGACUUUUGCUCUCUGCAAAGAAAAAUGAAUGCAGUAGUAUCCA